UCGAAUAGUCGGACGUGUCUGACAGUGUUAUUUUAUUUUGUUCAUUCGUUAUUUCACUUGGUUUGCGAUAUCGACAAUAAAAUAUAAUACAAUAUUGUUAGUGGACAAUUCAAUUAAUUUCUCGAUCAACUCAACAUUUUUCUGCGAAAUUACAAUUCAAAAGUGAUUGAUUGUGAAGAAAUAAAUGUUAACAAUUUGAACAUAAUCGUAACGCACAUUUGAUACAGUAAUAUUUGUAAUACAAAGAAAUCAAAAGAGUAACCUGUUGCGCUGAUAGUUGAUACAGUGGCAAAUUGAAAAUCAUCGAACUUGUAAACCAAAGUUUCAAUUUACCGUUUUGAUAUGGUGAAAUGUGUUAUGUGAGAAAGCAAGUAAGAGACAUGGUUUACAUUAUAUUUUCUUCAUUUUGAUUAAGAAACGAAAUCAAUAAUUUCUAAUGUGCGGCAUUCUUCUAACUUAAAGACACUUGACAAUCAAUCGCACGUCAUUGAUCGCAAUUUUAUCAGUUCAAGUGUUUCAUUACGCGAUAUUCUAAGUGUCCAGUGUACGUUAAAUAUCAACCACAAGACAAUUUUUGAACGACUGAGAAUUAAAACGAAUUGAAAUUCUUCGAAAUCAUAUUUUGGGGUGGCUUUGGCAAACGUUAUACAAUUUAUAUCCAAAAGCAACGUCCAACUAUUAGUUUUUUUUGGGAGAGCAAAAAAAACAUAAAUAAACCUGAAAUCCACAACAACAUCGCGUUGCACUUGUUUCCACAAAGAGAGUCCAUGUGCAGUCAUUUCAACACAAAUUGAUUCGGUGUACAAAUUUGUUUGGAAAAAAAAAAAAUUUGUACUUGAUGUUCAUCGUUUUUGUUUUCUCGUCUUGUUGUUCGGAGCGUGUAUGAGCCGGGAUUAUUAUUACUUUUUUUUCUCGCACUGAAUUGAUAAAUAGCAAGACUCGUGCGCUGUUCGUCGUCUCUAUUUCCCUGUGUAUCGAUUCACGGUGAAAUGAAUGCGUUUAAUUAAGUGAGGCACGGACACAAAAGAGCAAGGCAAACAAAGCAAACUGAUUGUGAAUAUGUCUUCGUAACCAGUUGAGUGCAGAACUAACAGCAGUUCUUGAAAAUCGACAACAAGCUAAAUAUAUUCCCGCACCAAAACGCGAUUCUCCGUAUCGAGUGAAACGUUGGAACGUGUGUGCGUGUGUACAUAUAUAUAUAUACAUUUAUAUAAAUCAUUAAAACUUUCAACACUUACAAUCCCGGCCAAUUCCAAAGACUUUGAAGAAGUAGCGACCAUAAAUUAAGCAAUUAUGUUGGAUCCCGAUUUGGAUGAAUAUUUAACGGAGUAUCGGCUACAGGCGCCAGCAGAACCGAUCAGCCAUUAUGAAGAUGGCGAAUUGGAAGCUGAAUGGUUAGUUGCUGCAGGCUUUCCUCAAUUAACGAAGGCUUUUCAGGAGGGGCGAGAGCUACCAACGAGUGAAUUAAAAUCAAGCAUUGCUGGUUUACCGAGAUCACAUGCUGAGGCAGUUAAGCAACGAGUGAAGGCUCUUAAUCGUACAGUUCGUGGACGUACCCGAUCACGUCAUUCUCGAAAGCCCGAUAUUCGUGAUGUGUUCCGCGAUGUAGACACAUCAAGUACUGGAACACGAUCGCGCAGCGCGACACCUGACUCAUUGGACUCUUUACCAGCAGACACCGAUCACUGGAAUACUCAUCAAAUACCAAGUUUUGUCUCAAUAUUUGACAAUCCAACGGCAGCCAUUACAAAUGCUCGAAUCAAACAGAAUUUGCGCCGAACACCAAGUGAACCAUUACGCGUGAGUGCUGAUUUGUUCCGAGGAUCACAUAUUCGAUGUGACAUACCAUUUUAUACGGCCGAUGGUAUUGAGCUAUUAGGUUUUCAACGUCUUGGUACAAUACAUUUGCCACGAAUUCGAUCCGGUUCAGAUCCAUCAUGUUCACUUGGACGUCGAUCAACCCAUAUGUCGAAUUCACGGAGUCACAAUAAUUUGUACAACAGCAAUUCACCCGAUAAUACAUCAUCAUCAUCGCAACCAUCAACACCAGAGCAUAGCCCAUCCAAUUCACCAUUGCGUCAUAGUUUGUUAGGCAGCAAUGCCACAUCAACACCAUGUCAUCAUCAUAUGCAUAACUCUAGUCCAGAACCAGUGAGAAGUAGCAUUCGUAAUCGUUCCGAGCCAGUUAGUUUUGAGAAUUUAUGCCGUGAUAAUAGCAUCGAUCAAACGGACUGGUGUGAACCCGAAUACAAUGAAGGCGGUUGUGAUAUCGAUCAAUUAAAUGAAACCGAAUUGAAAAAGUUGCAGCCAUUACUUUGGCUUGAAUUGGCCACCAUUUUUGAUCGUCACAAUGUUGCCUUCGAUAAACGUAAACCAUUCAAAAGAAAACGAAAGGAGGAAGGUAAUGUGUUUGGUGUUUCGUUGAAUGCGCUGAUCCGACGUGAUCAACAAGUUACUGGUGAGGAUUCAACAUUGGUUCCACUUCUCCUGCAAGGAAUUCUCGAUAAUUUACGCAGUCGAGGCGCACGAGAAGAAGGUAUUUUGCGUGUUGCUGGCAAUAAACAGAAAACCGAAAUGCUUUACAAUGAGCUCGAACAAAAUUUUUAUUCGAAACAUGAAAAAGUCAGUGGCAUCUUGAAAAAGGCUGGCGUUCACGAUUUAAGUGCUUUAUUAAAACGAUGGUUACGCGAAUUGCCAACACCAUUACUUGCAAAUGAUUUGGUGCAUCUAUUCUAUCAAACAGCAGACAUUCCGGUGCCCGAUCAGUGCAAAGCAAUGUCCAUAUUGUGUCUUCUAUUACCGCAUGAAAAUCGAAACACAUUGCGUGCAUUCCUGGAAUUUUUAAAAUGUGUGAUCGAUAAUCAACAAUACAAUAAAAUGUCCAAACACAAUGUCGCCACAAUCAUUGCUCCAUCAUUAUUUUCGCCAAGAUACAUUCAUCCGGCUGAUAAAAAUGACAUCGCAGCGCAGGUUCGAAUGGCUGCACAAUGUUGCAAACUUGCCGACAUUAUGAUCACGCGUGCAGAUCAAUUGUGGACAGUGCCACAGAGAUUAAUUGAUCAAGCACGUCAAAUGAAUACAAAAAAUGGAAUCGGCAAACGUAAUGCACGAAAAGUGAAAAAUUCCAUAUCACCAAUUAUCGGAAAUCACAAUGGCGGUGCUGGAAACCAGAAUGCUCGUAUUAAUGCUAAUCAUGUACAUAAAAUUGCAAUCUAAUUUACAACCUAAACUUAAGUAGCUAAAAACAAAAUGAAAGAAAGUUGUCAAAAAAAAGAAGAUAUAUAUGGAAAUAUUAACGGGAUCUGCAAUAAAAAUAAAUCGCAUGAGAAAAAUCAAAAG